AUGCAUGCCUUCAUUUUUUUCCUCGUUGCUGGUGUUGUAUUCGCCGAUUAUCAAUCUCAAAACUCUGGCUAUGAGAAUGCUGAAAUUGCUCAACCUACACCUGAAGCUCCACUAAGCGCUGAUGGCGGAGAUCAACAAGCAUACAAUUCGGAUAUAGGAUCUGAUGGAGGACUGCCUUCAGUUCCUUCUCAACCACCAGCAUCUGGACCUACCCUAUUGUCACCGGUACCAAUACUUGAAACUGUUUCUGGCAGCAAUGGAACUGGAAGUGAUGCUGGUAUGGCGUAUAAGAAUCGGCGCCGUUUCCGUGUUCGCCACGCUCUUCGUUCGCGUCGCCUUUGA